CUGAUGACAAGAGCCGUCAAAAAAAAUAAUAAUUGAUUUCCCGAUUUCCAUUUUUUUCUCUUUCAUUUUUUUUUUUUCCCUUUUCUUUCUUUUUAUAUUUUUCCCAUUAGAUAAAGCCCCCCUUAUAUCAAAUGGCAAACUAUAUCCCAGAGAAUAGUAUUGAAGGGUUACGACGUUAUAGAUAUAGCGGAAUAGAUAAAUCACUCGUAUCAAGAUACGUGUUGAGUCGUUAUUGGAACAACUUGAUCAAACUAUUCCCUCUCUGGAUGGCUCCCAAUAUGAUUACACUCUUGGGGUUGAUGACUAUUAUGAUCAAUGUAUUGACCUUGUUCUACUAUACGACAUCUCUGGGUGAAUGUCCAAACUGGGUCUAUUAUACGUUUGGCAUCGGCCUCUUCAUUUAUCAAUCAUUUGAUGCUAUCGAUGGCAAACAAGCUAGACGUACAGGUACUUCUGGUCCAUUAGGUGAACUCUUUGAUCAUAGCUGUGAUGCUAUCAACACAAGCUUGGGUGUGCUCACUUGGGCAUCAGCUACUUAUCUCGGCCAAAGCUGGUGGACAGUCGCAUCACUUACAGCUAGUCUUGCCAACUUUUAUCUAUCGACAUGGGAAGAGUAUCACACGGGCAGUUUGUAUCUGGGCUACUUUAGCGGUCCUAUCGAAGGUGUCUUGAUGCUCUGUGCCAUCCAUAUGAUCUCGGGUUACUUUGGUCCCGCUAUUUGGAUGUUGAGAGUCAGUGAAGCGCUGCCUAGAGUCGAUUUCACACAUGGACCAAAACUGCUUCAAGUGAUAGGAUAUCUUCAAUUGAAUCACGUCUUGAUCGUCAUUGGUGCUUUUGUUCUACUCUUUAAUAUCCUUUCAGCUGUCUAUAACGUCAUCUCUGUCAAGAUCUGGCCAACAGAGACGUCCCACAAGAACCGCUCGAUCCUUGAAGCUCUCUUGGGCUUGUUCCCCUUUAUCAACAUGUGUAUUUGGUCCUAUAUGUGGCUCACGACUUGGCCUGACCUCGUCACAGAUCAUCUUGCCUUCUUCAUCCCCUUUAUUGGCCUGCUCUUUGGUCAUCAGGUCGGUCUGAUGAUCACAGCCCAUGUUGCCAAAUUAAGUUUCCCCAACGUCAAUCUUCCUGUCAGCUUGAUCUUGGUCUCUGGUUACUUUUUGGCCAAAUUUGAAGAUUCUAUAGAAAAUGCAUUGUAUAUCAUCUUGGAUCAUCGUUUGAUCAUCAAGGUAUAUCUAUUCGUUGCUGCUCUACAAUACUAUCAUUUCGCAAGUAAUGUCAUCAAUCAGAUCUGUACAUACUUAGACAUUGGUUGCUUGUACAUUAAAAGAAGAAAGAUAAAUUAAUAAAAACUUUU